CCUACGGCCGUAGAAGACUUAUCUCCGGGCUCGGAGGCUGUCUUCUGUAGAUUGGGAUUUACGAGCUUGACUGCUGCUUGGUUACACAAGUCUAUGGACUCCAAGGUGUGCUACUGAGUUAGAAAGAAAUCUGGGAUCUGUCACGCUGUGGAAGAAAGAAACCCUAUAGCACCAGCAAAACAAGCCCAAACCUUCCUACCUCCCUGCAACCAACUUUACCCCCCCACCUACUGACUGUGAGCAUUUCUCCUCCCUUCAUUCUCCUUCCUUUGGAGGCUGUAGGAUGAGGCAUUUCCCUCUGUCUGUCUCAGGGUAAAAGGAUACCCUAGGGGCAGCAACACACAUCUGGCAGGGAUUGAAAGGUUUAAAUCCAGCCUCCACGGCAAUCAACAAUGGCCAAUGAACCAGUGAUUCUGAAUGUGUAUGAUAUGUACUGGAUAAAUGAAUACACCUCUACCUUGGGCAUUGGUGUCUUCCAUUCUGGUAUUGAGAUCUACGGCAGAGAGUUUGCCUAUGGAGGGCAUCCCUACCCUUUCAGUGGGAUUUUCGAGAUCACACCUGGCAGUGCGGUAGAGCUUGGCGAGACCUUUAAAUUCAAAGAAUCCAUUGCACUGGGUACCACAGACUUCACAGAAGAGGAUGUGGAUAAAAUUAUGGAAGAGCUGGGCAAAGAAUACAAAGGCAAUGCAUACCACCUGAUGCACAAGAACUGUAACCAUUUCUCUGCUGCUUUGGCUGAGAUGUUGCCCUGGUGGCUGGGCUGCAGGCUGGGAGGACCCCAUCUGGUUACCUGGACUGAAGGAGCUGCAGCCACCUGCCCUGCUGGCCGAAGCCUUGAUUCUACAGAGAAGACGGAAGGGAAGGCAUAAUGCUGCAUUUCCUGGCAGCUUUCUUGGAGAUUGAAUAAGUGAACAUGAAUGACCAGGGUUCUUCUGCUGUGGAUUUCUUGAGAAAUGCUUCAUCAUUAGGGAAUUUUAGGAUACUUGAGAAGUAAAGAACUGCCUGAUAAAUGUAAGCCUCUGCCUAUUAAGUGGUGCAGACUGUCCUCCGUUCUGAAUGAAGUUCUGCUGUAAUGCAGUGCAGAACUUCCUAGUGAGCAGUGGGCAGUCAUGAAGGGAGGAACUAGAAGCACUUCCUGAGCACACGUCCCGCUUCAAUUUCAGGCACUGAUACACAACACUGGAUACCAUUUUGUGGUUUUCCUUCAACAUCACUGUCAGUGUGGGAAGAUGAGGGAGCUUAACCUAAUUAGUGAAAGUCUUGUUAGUGUUGUCUCAGCCUCUCUGACUGCUACAUGGUCUUGUGGUACCUGUUUUUAUAAAACCACUUAAGCAAACUAGCUGUGGAUUACAGUAAAGAGGUUCAUCAAACUGGGAUUAGGAAUUUGUCUACAAGGAGCUGGUUCAUUCCAUGCUGCUUGUGUUGACAGUGACCAAAAUCAAGUAGUAUCAGCAUCAUGCUAUCUGAGAAACUCAUCAGAAGGAUGGGGUAUCUUGGGGGGCUUAUGCCUGCAAUUUCUCCAAAGGAAAAUCAGUUGGACCACCAGUAGCAGAGCCCAUGCUUCCUGCAAUGUUCUGAGUUUCAGUGCCUUGCUGUUUGUUGGUAUUGUGGGUGCUUCAGGGAGGGGUUGCUGCAGGCACAUAGCAAAGACUUUAGCAUCCUGAUAAUGUUGUGUGUGUGUGGAUUAAGUCAGGACAACUUCAAUAUUGGGUGAAGUCCUUCUGUUUGAUCAUCUGUUGUCAGUCACUGUGUUCCUGACAAUCCCAACUAUACAUACAAACGGCCCUCCAAGGAAUAGCAAAAUAUUUAUGUUCUUUAUGAGUUGCCCUGGCUGACAAAAGGGGUUAUUUAAACUCUUACAAAUGGAAAAAAAAUAAAAAUUGGCUAUUAAAUGUUAAAAAAAACCCUUUAAAAUAAAAAAGACAAAAAUAAUUAGAUCUUUCCAUAAUACGAUUUAUUGAAUUUCCUGGUUUUCAGAACAAGGACAUGAUAUAGCAAAAGGAUAGAAAUUGUAAAUUACUGUAAAGCAAACUUAAAGGAAGAAGAAUACAUCUGUGCUUUCAGCAAAAGCCAGUUAAAGUAAUUGCUGGCUGUAAGCUCCACUGUAAGAAUCCACGGGUUUGAGGUCCCAGCCAUACCACUGCUGUGCAGAAGCACUUCUUACUGCAUCCUGGGGAAACAAGGAAGUACUCUAUGAACAGUGUGCUUGGGCUGCUGAGAAAGAGGUGCAAUUAUGCUAGCACCAAGCCUAUUCUUUGAGUAUAUAUAAGGCUAGGUGCAUACAGAUAUAGGGAACUGUGAAACUGCUGUCAGAGAGCUCUCUUCAGUGCAAGAACGUGGUUUGUGAUUACUCCGCAACUCUUCAGUACAAUUUAGACUUGUGGAAGGCAAAUGCAACAGCUUAUACCUCCAGACAUAUGUAGAAAGGUUGAUUGCCAGUAAAUAAACUGGGGGCAAAUAAGCAGAAGCCCUAUUCAUUUGUAGGCACAUGGUGAGUGCACAGUGCCUGAGGACAGCUGCCUGAGAACACAGCAGUAACUGGAGGACCGGAGAGGGGAUGAGUGCUUUCUCCUUCCAGGUUCUUCAGUCUGGUGAUAUUCCUCAGUACUGAGAGUAAGGACAUUGUAUCACUGCAAGUUAAAGAUUCUGAAAAGGCUUCUGCUGCUUAACCCAUUCACAAACAAGAUGACUCAUUUGACUUCCCACCAGCAAUUUCCCGUGCUUCUGAAGCUUCCUGUCUUAGAUAAGCUAUGGAGCUCUGUUCUUACCAGAGUGACAACAGUUGGUACAGCAUGUCUCAGAAAAGGGCAAACCAACAUGGGAAGGGAGAAAAACACCUUUGAAUCAGUACCAGAACUGGAAGAUAAGUGGAAUGACUCAAGGAAACCUCUCCUCCUCUCUUCAUCAGUAUUAUUACUGCCAAGAAACUGGAACAGUUGCUAUUUAAAUAAAUUGUUUAGCACCUUGCUAUAGGCCACAUGACAAAAAAUUAUCAGAGAAGCGAGGCUUUUGUGAGCAUCAGGGAAAACAACCCCUUUUAUUCCCCAGGAACCAAUGGUGGGACAGCAAUAAAGUCUGUGAGUCUUCUGAGCCCUUUUGGCAAGAUCUGAAGUUGAUGCUUAUCAAAAGAAAUGAAUUGAGAGACACUGAUCUGAUUGACCUUAAAGAUUGUUGAUGUUGAAACUUUACCUGAGGGCAGCAGAGACAGAAAGUUUUAUUCUUUUAUCAUGUCUUCUCUCACUCUUCUUGAAAGAGGAAUCAUUUCUUGUGACUUAUAUGUGUACAGAACAAGUCAAAACACUGUAUUCUGUAGCAGAUUCCUGGCCUGAAAUUAUUUAUCUGUCUUGCAACUGCUCUAAAGUUAUUAUUAUUAUUAUUAUUAUUAUUAUUAUUUGAAACAAACAAAAACUUAGGAGAAGGUUGAGUCUGUUAGUAGGACAGUAGGACCAGUUUGGAUUUCUAAGAGCAUUUUCAGAGAAUCAUAAACAUGGGAUAAAUUUGGCUCAGAAAUACUUGAAUGGACUGGUAUGAAUUCCGCUGGAAUCAACAUAUUCAGAAUUUGGCUGCAUGUCUUGAGAGCUGGUGAAGCAGAGUUAAGCAUCUGAGAGUGGUCAGGCUCUGGUACAGGCUGCCCACGUAAGUGGUGGAGUUGCUGUCCCUGCAAGGUGUUCAAGAAAUGUGUAGAUGCAAUACAAGAGUGUAGUUUAGUGGGGAACAUCAGUGGUAGGUGGUUGGACUAGAUGGUCUUAGAAGUCUUUCCCAAUCUUUAAUGAUUCUAUGAUUUCAUGAUCUCUAUUUGCUUCCUAAAUUAUGACCCAGAGAAAGGUAUUAAAACUGACCAGAACCAACACUGAAGUUAGCAUGCAAGGCUAACUUCUAUAUGUGAUCAUCCUUCAGAAGGCUCUUUAGGGUCAGAUUGAUACCUCUUUAUCUACCUUCCUCUUGUACUCACUGAUCCUUUUCACCCCUUUACUCCUUUAAAUACCAAUGAAUCUAUUUUGUUAUUGAUCAGUAUUUCAUCAUCCAUAGAAAACAUAUUCCAAAAGGAGAAGAGAGAGGCCUGAUUCAGAAUGAGCAUAUUUGUGGUUUUAGAAGUCUGAAUCUUACUGAUGCAGCACUGUGAAGUUCCCCUGGGAGUUAAAUAGCACCCUCCCUCCUGAAGUUCAGCAGGACUCUCAGUUCUGUUGACAAGGAUGUUCUCCAAAUGAUAACGCUCUGAAGGUUAACUGAUGAAGUCUGCAUGAUGAAUUCUGCAAGUGAGGAUUCAUGCAGGCAUCUGGCCUCCUACUGUUGGUUGCUGACACUACAGUAUGAGUCUUAAAUCUCCAUGUUAGGUUGGAUGGACAUGCUUGGUAAAGCCACACAAACUGAAUCUCCCUGUGGAGGCUGUGGAGUUGUAUUGAAGGGACAAAUGACGGUGGCCAGAAAAUACUCCUUUCUCUCUGUCUAGUCGCUUGCCCUUUUUCAGCUAAGGCAGAACUGACAGCAUAUAACAAACUUGCAUCAGAAUCAUGCUUCCCUUAAAGUAGUUUGACUUCCUGGAAAUUUGCUGAGAAAAGCAAGUUUGCUGAGUCAAGGACCAAAUGAGGGCAACUUGUUAGUCACAAUGAAUAAUUCAACCCCAAAGCUUUCCAGGUUCAUCCCCAGACACACAUGAGCUCUUGUAAAGUUAUUAAAACUAGAAAGCUUUCCUUAGCCUGAAAACCCAGAGAGAAGGGAUUAAAGAUCAGAGAAGGGAACUUCAGGGGGCAUGUGUGUCACAGUCAAGAGAAGCUUUUAUAAACCAUUCUGCAGCAGGUCCUAAGGAGACAAGUAAUACCCAUUUCUUUUCCUUAGUCAACAGUUGCUAAAAAGUAGACUCUGUUGUGAGGAGGAGAUGUGUGUUUUGUUGUGCAAAAGCAUACAUGCUAGUCUGUUAUUGGCAGAGGACAGAGCACUGCAGACAGGCAGGAAAGGGGGACAGAAAUGAACAAACCAACAAACCAUAAGCAAUGACAGGGUAUGAAAAAGCAUGAGUAAGCCUUGUUUUCCAGCCACCUGAGCCAGUCCUCACACAAGCUGAUGAAAAGAUGUGCUUUAUUUUAGUAGCCUUGUAGCUAGUUUUAAAAUAACAGGAUGUGUCUUGUUUUCUGUUUUUAAAACACCACAUACAUCUAGAAGAAUGUUACUAAUAACAUCCUGCACUCAUAAAUUAUCCUCACGAUUUCAGAUGGAUGUCAUUUUUCUCUCAAUACUGCUUGUAAAUAUGCAUGAAUUUGACUAUAUGCUGUUAGUGAACUGCUACACUGCAUUCCAGAUGUGCUACUGCAUUCUGUAGUGACAGAGUGAGAUUUCUAAGGGUAGUUUGUGUAUCGGUUGAAAUUUAUGAAGUAUUUGGGGAGUCCUUGGAAUGAAGGGUACAGUAAAAGUCCAUCAUUUUUCCAUCAUUAGCCUUUCUAGUCUUGUUAUCCUGAAUGAGUGCUCUAUCCCAAUGAAAGUGAUUAACAGAAUAAAUCCAAACAUGCACCUUCCAGGUCUCUUGGUAAUUCCUUUUCCUCCAUCUACCUACUUGUGCAGGGGAAUAGUAUGAGAUGACAAAUAAUUUGAAACAGAAAUCAAACUCUCAAAAUGUCAAGUUCCUAGGACAUCAUUUCAAUUUUUUGAAAAUGGUCUGAUUGUACUCUAUGAGCCUCUGCAUUAUUUCAGGUUUUCUCUUUAAAGUGAUCUAUCUGGCCGAAAAUAUUAAAUGUGAAGAUAUUUUAAGAGUGAGUUUGGAGAGAAAAAUGGAAAAAAAACCGAACAGGCCACCACUGCCACCAACAAAGAAAACCAACACAGCAAAACAUUUUAAGGUCCUGGAACUGGUAUAAAUGUGGAUAUUUUGCACCAUCUAUUUUGCCUUGUUGUUUUAUUUUUGCAGCUGUCUUUCCAAACCAAAAGCUCUGUGGCCUUUUUGUUAUAAUUAAGCAUAACAGCUUGGAGGUAAGCUAAUUCAUACCCUCUGGGGAGUUCAUCUUAUCAUGGAGCCUUUGAGCUGACUGUGCGUAAGAAUGCUAAGAAUACGUUUCCUUUUCACAAAUGAAGAUGGCAAGGAAAAACCGUGUCCUUUUCACCAGUGCCUGAAGUGUAAAUGAACUGUCUAAGUGUGUUGAUAGACUUUUGAAACUGGAAGCUUUUGCUUAGGAGUCCUGCCAACACUGCCAGACAAAGUCUUCUCCUGUUCCUAUGGCUUUCAGUAUUCUCUGUACUCAUUGCAUCGCCAUCUUCAGUAACCUGCUGCUGUGCAGUGUUAAGAAAGAAGGCUUCAGACUGAGAUGGAAACACAGGAUUUUCUUGGUUACCUAUUCAGGAAAAAGGAUGCUGUUAAUGUCCAUUAAUCCAUAGAUGUGGAUUGGCCUGGACAUGUUCAACUCACACUUCGUGUGUGUGUGUACAUAUAUAUUUAUGUAUGCCAUAACAUAUGGAUGAUCAUGCUGGGCAACAGCUGUUCUCAGCCACUGGUCUUGAAACAGCACCUCCUCGGGUACCACUAAAACCCUUUGCAUUCUGUAAGACAUGUCAAGGGGAAUACUGUACAGUAGCUCAAUGGAUAUGUGCCCUGUGUGGAUGCUACCUCAUUUUCAGCAAGGCUGCUAAAGUAGAAGUGGCAGUGCGUGGCUUAGCAGAUGUUCAGUGCUGAACUCUCAGGCUUAGCCUGAUGAUAAGAAUUGAAAGAAUUAGCAUGCGUUGUUUGAAGAAUGUAAUGUUGUCUCUGGACAUCUUGAUUUUCACAGAUUGGGGCACUACAUGGUUACUUUUGGGAGCGCUCACUUAAAAAAUAAGUCCUUGACUUAUGCCACGGGUGUCCAAUGUUUUGGCUUGCAGGAAUUGUCUUGAGAUGCAUAUCAA